AUGUCCGUUGAAAAAGACGUGAUACUGCGCGGACAGCGCAUAGUGAUACCAGAACGAGCAAGAAACGCUCUGCUCGCGAGCUUCACGGUAUACACCAGGGAAUUUGCAUCAAAAGUAUUCAGCAGAAUCCUGAUUUGCUGGCCGGGAAUCGACGGGGACGUGGAACAACGAGUACGUUCGUGCCCAAUGUGCCAGCAGGCGGCAUCAUCACCAUCAUCUCAAGAGCCACUGGCAUGGCCAUCGUCCGGCGAACCGUGGACCCCCAUGCACAUGGACUAUGCGGGCCCGAUUAAAGGGAAAAUGAUAGUAGUCAUUGUGGAUAGUCAUUCUGGUUGGACAGUGGGUAUCCGAGCAAAAUCUGCAACUACAGAGGUGAUCGUUGACCGUCGAGGGCCCGUAUGGGCCCGCUUCGGACUACCAACGUGCAUCCUAACUGACAAGGGCAUCGCAUUCGCAGGUGCGGCCUUCCAAGAAUUCAUAAAGCGAAAUGGGACUCGCCACAUGCAAACAGCUCCUUAUCAUCCGCAGUCAAACGGACUUGCAGAACGGGCUGUCAGAAACGUAAAAGAAGCCUUUAUAAAGCUGACGGACGGAGCUCUGGAAAUCCGACUCCAACGCUGGCUACAUAGCCACAGAAGGACACCAUCAGCUGCUCAUGGGGGAAAGGCUCCUGCGGAAAUGUUAUUCAACUUUCUGCCACAUAGUCGAUUGGAUAUCAUCCAGGCUGAUGUGCUCAAAAACCAAAAGACAACCCAGUAA